AUGACAUGUGAGCCACUGUUCCGACUGCUUAAGAAAGAAGUUCCCACAAUAUGGAAUGAACAAUGUCAAGACGCUUUUGAGAAGAUUAAUAAUUAUCUGAUGAAGCCACCGAUACUGGUCCCACCAGUACCUAAAAAGCCAUUAUUGUUGUAUUUCACAACUACAGAUAUAGCAAUGGGGGCUUUGCUUGCUCAAUACUUAGAGGAGUCUAGGAAGGAGAAUGCGAUUUAUUACAUUAGCAAGAAGAUGUUGGCUUAUGAAGAGAAGUAUUCACCACUUGAGAAGACUUGUGUAGCACUUAAGUCUAUAAAAGGAAGAGCAAUUGCUGAUCACUUAGCCCACUGUUCACUUGAAGAAGCUGAAGAAAUCCAAAGAGACUUUCCAGAUGAGGAUAUCAUGGGGAUAGAGCUAGAAUCAUGGAAGAUGUAUUUUGAUGGAGCCACUAAUCAAAAUAGGAGUGGCAUUGGAGUUCUCUUAAUUUCUCCAACAGGGACACACAUCCUGUUCUCUGGUAGGCUCAUCUUUCCUGCCACUAAUAAUGCCACUAAAUAUGAGGCUUGCAUUAUAGGAUUACAAGCGGCCUUAGGUCUUGAAGUGAAAGAGUUGAAAGUAUAUGGUGAUUCAGCCUUGAAAAUUUCUCAGAUUCAGAAUGGACGGAAGAUCAAGGAGGAAAAAUUGAUACCUUGUCAUGAAUGUCUCCAGAAGUGGGCCUUGAAAUUCAGUAAGAUACAGCACCAAUAUGUGCCAAGAAUGCAGAAUCAAAUUGCAGAUACUUUAGCAAUAAUGGCAUCCAUGAUGGAUGGACCUAAGGAAGAUGAAGCUCGACCAAUAGUGGUGCAACAAAAAGAGGAGCCAGCUUAUUGCAUGUCAAUAGAAGAAGAUGAGGCAAUGAAUGGAAAAGGUGAAUGGUAUUCAAACAUUCUACAGUACCUCAAGGAUGGGACAUACCUAAAUUCUGCAGACAAGAGUGACCAAUUGACCAUUAGAAGGUUGUCCACUAAUUAUAUUAUUUAUGGUGAGAGGCUUUGCAGAAGAUCAUAUGACAUAAUUCAUUUGCUUUGUGUGGUCACCAAAGAAGCACAGCAAAUAAUUAAAGAGGUUCAUGAGUCAAGUUAUGGGUCACACAUGAAUGCACACACGUUGUCACGAAAAAUAAUGAGACAAGGUUAUUACUGUACUACUAUGGAAGCAGACUAUGCAGCUUAUGUUCGGAAGUACCAUCAAUGCCAAGUCCAUGGAGAUCUGAAGCACAUACCACCUAUGCCAUUACAUACCAUGACUUCACCCUGA